AAGACGUCACUCCAUCCUUCAUGACGACAGGGUCCUUGCGAUAAUAAAUACCUUCUCAUCACUGCUCGCUCCCCACUCUUUCUUUCUUUCUCACCGUUUUCGACGGCGCCGACGUCACUCUUAGCGUUCUCGUCAACCUACGUGACUGCAAAGACGACAUGAGAUCGACAUCGCUCAUAAUCUUGCUCACACUCUCCCUGACGGCCCAAGCCUCGUGGUUUGGUGGCGAUUCGUCAUCGUCGUCUGCCUCCGCACAGGCUUCGGCAUGGUCCUCGGAGCAGUACGCCAAAAUGCAGCAGGUGUUCCACGGCUUGAAGGCGGACGCGUUCGACACAUGGGACGAGUCGCGUCUGCGCGAGUUCUUGCUCGACCAAGGAGUGAUCGAACCGAAGGGCACGCGGGAACAGCUCGCGGUCAUGGCGAAGCAGCACUACACCUCAUUCACGAGCGUGGCAAGCUCGUAUUCUGCGGGUGCGACAUCCCUAGCUAGCGACGCCUCUGCAAGUGCGGCAUCGCUCACGAGCAAGGCUGGAAAGAGCGCUACCAGCAUGGCAAGCCAGGCCAGCAAGUCUGCUUCAAGUGCAGUCUAUGGCGACCCAGCGUACCAGGCCUCGAAGUCCGUCAGCUCCACCUACGCUCAGGCGACUAACGACAUUUCACGAACAUUUGACGACACCAAGGACUACGUCUACUCUACAUGGGAUGACAACCGCCUCCGCUCUUAUUUGGAAGAGAAGGGUGUAAUCAAGACUAAGCAGCAGGCAACCCGUGACGAGCUUCUUGCGAAGAUGAGGGAAACGUAUGCGAAGACUGUCAACCCCGUUUGGCAGGCCUGGUCUGACUCAUAUAUCCGCGAAUGGCUCAUCUCUCAUGGACUACUCCGUUCGGAUGCUCAGAAGACGCACGACGAACUUGUCGCUUCAAUGAACCAGUAUUAUUACGGUAUCAAGGACACUGCCUACUCGAGUUGGUCAGACUCUCAGAUGAAGGACUGGCUUGUUGAACACGACAUCGUCAAGUCGGAUGCUCAGCUUCAGCGCGAGAAGCUGGAGAAGCUCAUGGCCGACAACUACGUCAACGCUAAAGACACUGUCUGGGGAUCGUGGCGCGAUUCUGACAUGCGUCAAUGGCUCGUCGAGCACGAUUACAUCAGGAGCGAUGCCCAGAAGACCCGCGAUGAGCUUGUUGCCAUGAUGCACGACAAGUACAACGACUAUGCUGCACGCACCGCUCCAUAUCUUGUCUGGCCUGAUGCCCGUCUCCGCGCGUACUUGCGUGAACACGGUCUGUCUGAAGACGCUCUCCCCACGUCUCGCCCGGGCCUCCUUCAGGAAGUUCGUAUUCGUUGGGUCCAGACGCAGCAUCGCGCCGAGUCCAUGUAUGUCAAGAUUAAAAACAUCAUCCUUUCCGGUGUUGAGUCCGCCGAAGUGAAGCUUGGCAUGAUCCUUGACCUUCUGACUGGGUCGGCAGAACACGCCAAGACACGGGCGAACGAGAAGUACCACGAGAACAAGGAGCAUGCGCACAAGAAGGCCGACGAGUACACCGACUACGCGUCACAGAAGGGUGAAGAGGCCAAGGCCAAGUCGGCUGACUACGAAAGCACGGGUAAAAAGUACUGGAACGAGAAGGUUGAGGGCGCGAAGCGUGCCGCUGACCAUGCGAAGGUGGAACUGUAAACUGUGCUCCUCUGCUUGUCCAUCUGGAAGUCUUUUUGGGAAGAAAAGUACUCGUUUUAAACAAUCUUCCGUUGUUAUCACUACUCUUCCGUUCAGUGUAUAUAAAUUAAGUGUAGCUUUAGGACAUAGCAACAAGUCUCGUAGGAUAAUCUAUUUGUUGAUGCGCAAUGAACAUUAAUGAA